AACACCACCUGUGGCCUCGGUCCAAGUGUCCCAGAAUUCAACACCACCUCCCGUUGCAGUGUCAAAGGAUCUCUGGUCUGUGAAAUAUACUACUUGAUUUACAGAGAGAAGGACUACACCCCAGACUGCAGAGCGAUAACAAGAUGAAGGAAAUGCCAUCCGUGAUAGACAGCGAGGUGUUCCUGGCCUUCUCUACCUACGCCACUAUCGUCGUCCUCAAGAUGAUGCUGAUGUCUCCUAUGACUGCCUACUUCCGCUUCACGAGAAAGUGUUUUGCCAACAUGGAAGACACAGGGAUGGCUAAGACUCCAGAGGACAAGAAGAGGAUGCUGAGAGUUGACCCGGAUGUGGAACGUGUGAGAAGAUGCCACCAGAACGACCUGGAGAACAUCAUUCCGUUCGUAGUGAUUGGUCUGCUGUAUACCCUGACGGGGCCAGACCUCUCCACUGCUCUGCUCCACUUCCGGGUGUUUGUUGUUUCUAGGCUCUUCCACACGGUGGCGUACGUCCUCCCCCUGCCCCAGCCCAGCAGAGGUCUAGCUUGGAUGGUUGGCAUGGGCGCUACCUUCUCCAUGGCAUACAGGGUGCUAAGCACAACCCAUCUCUGAAGAGGCGAUCAAGCAAUUAAUCAGAUUGAUUGAUUCAACGUUUUUUCAGAUGGCCCUAAAAUAGUCCUCGGGACACUCUACCUCUGAGGAGACACCCACACAUGUAUCAGACCUGGGGCAAAUAGGCUACAUCAUGUUAAAUACGUUUGACAGUGCUUGAUUGAACUUGGAGUUUGCACUUCUGGGACUAUUCUAUUGGUUCUGUUGUAUCUGGUAGACUAACUUGACAUUCCCUGCACGUUUUGUUUUUUAACUCAGCACUGAAUUUGAUCUGUGCAAAACAUUUAUAAUAUCAUCAAAAAUAAGGCUCGAUUUAAUGUAUUUCACGGAACUUCAGUGCUAGAUAGAGCGCAAUUAGACACUGAACGGCAAUGUUCCCUCGGAGACUCCAUUCAAGGUAAACGCUGCAUAUAUCGGUUCAUUCGGGAAACUACAUUUAACAUUUCAAGUGCGCUAGAGCGCUGGACCUUAGGCGAUACGGAUUGAAUGGAGCCCUAAACUCAAAUCACCUGUAGUUCAGUAUCCGAUACCUCAUGUACCUGCCUGUUUUAGCCACAUCAAAUCACCAGUUUAUUGGUCGCGUACACAGAUUUGCAGAUGUUAUCGCAGGUGCUGUGAAAUGAUAGUGUUUCUAGGUCCAAUAGCGCAGUAAUACCGAGCAAUACAUUUAAAAAUACAUGAAAAAUACACACGAUCGGGUCUGUCUGCUUCUCUGAACGCACAGCACUACAGACCGGUCUAUCUGGUUGUCUGACUGACUGCAAACACCUAUUUUAUAUCUUAGACAUUUUUUUUGCAUGUGAUGUGAUAAUCCAAUGUUUAUAAAUUAUUCAAUUCGGGUUUUGGGAAAUAAAGUUCAAUUUCUAAAUGGGGGCAAAUUAUUGUUUGAGCUGAAUUUAAAUAGGGCCUAUUGAUGUAGGCUUUGGCCUUUCUAGGGAGUUUUUCCUAGCCCAGGUGCUUCUACACCUGCAUUGCUUGCUGUUUGGGGUUUUCGGCUGUGUUUCUGUACAGCACUUUGAGAUAUCAGCUGAUGUAAGAAGGGCUUUAUAAAUACAUUUGAUUUGAUGUAGGCUACUAAUACCAGAGUUAUUUUGCUAAUUGGCUAAUGAAUAUGACCUUAUUUGAUCUAAUUCUGUAUUUUUUUAAAUUCUGUAUAUGGUUUAGAUCUACAUAUCAUCUGAUAUGUUUCCUAGGCGACAUAUCUGUAAUCCUUCUGAUUGGUUUACUUUGUCCAUUCCAUUUUCUAUGCCAAUCAGGGAUUGUCCUUUUUUAAUGCUUUCCCCCUUGUAAAUAAAUGAACGAUCUCUAGAA